AUGGCAGCUAAGGCCCCACUAUGCCAUGACGAUUACACGGUUGGAUGGAUCUGCGCUUUACCUCUGGAGAUGGCAGCCGCAAAGCUAAUGUUGGACGCAAUACACCCGAAUCUGCCUCGCCCAUCGACAGACCAAAACACGUAUAUUCUUGGAAAUAUCGAUAAACACAAUAUUGUCAUUGCCUGCUUACCAAGUGGCGCAUAUGGCACUGUAUCAGCUGCAGUGGUAGCGACGCAGUUGCUCUCUAGCUUCCGCUCUAUCCGAUUUGGUCUUAUGGUCGGUAUCGGUGGGGGUGUUCCAAGCAGCAACGCAGACAUUCGCCUGGGCGAUAUUGUGGUAAGCCAGCCAGCAGAUAUAUCUGGAGGCGUGAUCCAAUACGAUCUCGGUAAAGCGUUAAGUGGUGGUCGAUUUCAGCGGACGGGGAUGCUUAAUCGGCCACCUAAGGUCCUACUGACUGCCCUCGCUACCCUCCAAGCCCACCACUUCACAGAUGAUAGUCGAGUUCUUGAAUUCAUCUCUGAUAUCCAAAUCAAAACGACCCCGCGCAGAGCUACAACUUUUACACGGCCCACUCAAGAGGACUGUUUAUAUCAACCAGAAUAUAUCCAUAGAGGAUCUGAUACAUGUAUUGAUUGUGAUCGAUCUAAACUGGUUCCGCGGCUUUCACGAGACUAUAAAGAGCUGGAGCCAGUGAUCCACUACGGACUGAUUGCAUCUGCAAAUCAGGUAGUGAAAGAUGGUAGACAGCGAGACCAGCUGGCUCGAGACCUAGGGGUCCUCUGUGUGGAAAUGGAAGCUGCAGGGCUUAUGAAUGACUUCCCUUGCCUAGUGAUUCGAGGUAUCUGUGACUAUGCUGACUCCCACAAGACUAAAGAAUGGCAAGGAUAUGCGGCGGCGGUUGCUGCAGCCUAUGCUAAAGAACUUAUCUUGGCGGUUCCGAUCUAUUCUAUUGAAACCACUCUAAUAGCCCAGGACACGCUAGUAGAUUCUGUCCACCGCUUUAAUGUCCCUCUAGACCUUACCACAAUGCCUAUGAUUAUAAAUUUUGUGGGAAGGCAAGAUGAGCUAGACAGUCUAUGGCAGUAUUUACAACCAACAGACACACCACCAUCUCAGAAAGUUGCAAUUCUUCACGGGCUUGGCGGAAUCGGGAAGACGCAGCUAGCGAUUCGCUUCGCGAGAGAUCAUAGAGAUCAUUUUACAGCCAUCUUCUGGCUAAAUGGCAAGAACCUCAAUACACUUUUGCAAUCGUUGAGUUUUACCUUAAACCGAAUACUAGGACAGGGUUGGGAUAGCAAGGCCACUAAUGAUAGAGAAGUGGAGCAACGAGCCAGGCAUAUGUUACGUUGGCUAGCAUUAGAUGGCAACUCGCGCUGGCUAAUCAUUUUUGACAAUAUCGAUCAAUACUCCCCCUUCAACAGCGCUAUUGGUGACAGAUAUGAUAUUUGGGAAUUUUUCCCUAAAGCAUACUAUGGCUCCAUCCUUAUCACUUCUCGACUUCAGGACCUCACUGAGCUAGGGAAGUCUUUCCCGGUUCACAGGCUUGACUCUUAUAACUCAACUCAACUACUUCUACAAAGUAGUGGACUAUCAACAGAGAACACCAUAAGCAAACUUGACAGCAAUCUAGAUAUCCUUACUCUUACUGAUCGUCUGGGUGGACUGCCUUUAGCCAUCAUCAUCGCCGGGGCGUUUAUGCGUGAAACUGGAACUAGCAUCACUGAGAUCUUCUCAGAGCUUCAGCAACGGCUUCUUCCACACGCCAAUCAUAUAUAUCAUCUAGAUUUAUUAGAUGAUAAUAUUGAGAUAUGGUGGGCAUUCCUUCGUUUAGGGGAUCUUUACUAUUAUCAAGGCAAGCUCAAGGAGGCAGAGGAGAUGUUCCAGCGAGCUCUAGCAGGAUACAAGAAGGCUCUUGGUCCUGAUGAUCUAUCUACUCUCAAAGCAGUCAACAAUCUUGGUGUUGUCUAUAACGCUCAAAGCAAGCUGAAGGAGGCAGAAGAGAUGUUCCAGCGAGCUCUACUAGGAUAUGAAAAGGCCCAAGGACCUGAGGAUAUAUCUACUCUCGAGAUGGUCAACAACCUUGGCGGUCUCUACAGGAUUCAAGGCAAGCUGAAGGAGGCAGAACAGAUGUACCAACGAGCACUGGCAGGCAAGGAAAAGGUCCUAGGUCCUGAUCAUAUAUCUACUCUCGACAUGGUCACCAACGUUGCGGGUCUCUUCUUCAGUCAGGGUAAACUGAGGAAGGCAGAACAGAUGUACCAGCGAGGACUAGCAGGGUAUAAGAAGGCUCUAGCUCCUAAUCAUAUAUCUAUUCUCGAUACAGUCAACAACCUUGGCAUUCUCUACGAGAAUCAAGGCAAGCUGAAGGAGGCAGAAGACAUGUACGAGCGAGCUCUGACAGGCAAGGAAAAGGUCCUAGGUCCUGAUCAUAUAUAUACUCUCGAGACAGUCAAAAACCUUGGCAAUCUCUACAAGGUUCAAGGCAAGCUGAAGGAGGCAGAACAGAUGUACCAGCGAGCACUGGCAGGCAAGGAGAAGGCCUUGGGUCUAAAGGAUAGGACUCAGUGA